AUGCUCUAUUUGGGAUGGAUGUUUCUUUGGCUUGUCACAGGCGGGAGAGCUAAAGGAUUUAACGUCUCAGGUUGCUCCACCAAAAAAUUUCUUUGGAUGUAUUCUGCAAAGAGUGAGGAGCAGUUUGUGUUAUUUUGUGACUUACCAGAGCCACAGAGAUCCCAUUUCUACCACAGAAAUCCGCUCUCACCAACCCAAGGCCCUGAACACCUGCCCUGCAGUGGUAGUAAGGACCUAUCUGAUGUCCAGUGGUACCUACAACCUCAGAACGGAGGUGCAUUAAGGGAAAUUACUAAAAACGAUUCUCACAUCACCCUGGACAAGAUUACUCUGCAUUUUUUGACCAUGGAGAUGAACAGUGCUGGGUCAUAUAUUUGUACACCCAGGAUUAGGAGCCCCAAGGAAGAGGCCUGUUGUGUUAAGAUGGUCUUAGAAGUUAAGCCCAAGACAAACGUCUCCUGCAUGAGCUCAGUACCACAUAAGCAAUACCUUCUUCUUGGUAGCACUGCCUCUAUUUACUGCCCCAGUCUCGGCUGCCAAAGAGACCCACAGAGUCCAAAGGUGACCUGGUACCAGAAUGGAAGACUACUCUCUGAACAAAAGAGCAACCCAAUGCUCCUGGAUGAAAUUUAUCACUAUCACCAGGGCCUGUAUGCUUGUGAUUAUACUCAGUCGGAAGAUGCAAGUUCAUGGACAGUUAGAGCUGUUGUUCAAGUGAAGACCAUUGUGAAAGACACUACUCUCAAGCCGGAUAUUCUGGAGCCUGUCAAGGACAUCCUGGAAGUAGAACUUGGAAAGCCCUUGACUCUUAACUGCACUGCGCGAUUUGGCUUCGAAAGGGACUUUAAGCCAGUGAUCAGAUGGUACAGCAAAGAUUCCAGCCAGGAGCUGGAAAUCCCAACGAAAGAGAGAAGGGUUAAAGCCACCUUGGAGGAUGAGGUCUUUGAGAGCGUCAUCUGCUUGAAAGAAGUUACUCAGAGUGACCUUCACAAGACGUUCAUUUGCUUUGCCCAGAACUCCAUUGGGAACACCACCCAGUCCGUCCAGCUGAGGGAGAAGAGAGGAGUGCUGUUCCUGUACAUCCUGCUGGGCACCGUCCUGACCCUGGCGGGCACACUGACGGCGGGCGCCCUCCUCUUCACAUACUGGAUCGAAAUCGUGCUGCUCUGCCGAACCUACCAGAACAAGGACGAGACGCUCGGGGAUAAAAAGGAAUUCGACGCCUUUGUCUCCUAUGCGAAGUGGAGCUCUUUUGAGAGUGAGGCCGCUUCGUGUGUGAGUGAGGAAAACUUGGCCCUGAAUCUGUUUCCUGAAGUUCUGGAAAACAAGUUUGGAUACACCUUGUGUUUGCUUGAAAGAGAUGUGGCCCCAGGAGGAGCCUACACAGAAGACAUUGUGAGCAUAAUUAAGAAAAGUAGAAGAGGAAUAUUUAUCUUAAGCCCCAGCUACAUCAACGGGCCCAGUGUCUUUGAACUGCAGGCAGCGGUGAACCUCGCCUUGGAUGACCAAACACUGAAACUCAUUUUAAUUAAGUUCUGUUCCUUCCAAGAGCCAGAAUCCCUACCUCAUGUUGUGAGAAAAGCUCUCCGGGUUUUGCCCACAGUCACUUGGAGGGGCUUAAAGUCAGUGCCUCCCAAUUCCAGGUUCUGGACUCAGAUGCGCUACCACAUGCCCGUGAAGAGCUCUGAAGGGCUCACGUGGAGCCGUCUCAGGGUUUCCUUGAGCACUUUCCCACCCGAGAGACUCAGUAAAGCAGAAGCGCCUGGGAGGGACUCCCAGCCCGGGGAACGGGGGCCUGGCCCGCACCACCGCCCUGCCCCCUCGCAAGGAGAGACAUCGAUGGACCCGGCGCAGCUGGUCUGA